AUGCCAAAACCUAAAGCAUUCAAAAUCAUUUGUACUUACCGUCACCCCGGGCAAGCGCGCAUCAAAAUGGUGUAUUGCAACGAGACUGGUGCAUUUCUCUCUGCUCCGCAGGAAAUUGAUAACGAUGAAUAUAUUAAACACAUUCAUUUAUUACAGCAACAGGCAAAUGCUGCUCACAGGCCGAGACAUAAAGCUGUAAUGCAAAAAAUCUCGCCGAAACCGGAUAUUACAGUUGAUUCAGAAAUCGAUACGAAAAUACAGAGUUUAGAGGAACUUUCUCUUGACCCUGAUAAUACUACGUAUCCUACUGUAUUCGAGCAUAACAUAUUUGAUGAAUAUGACGAAGCUCCUCCUUUUCAGAACAUUAAUGAUCUUUUCUAG